AUGAUUUUUUAUUCACAAUUUAUAUUAUGUUGCUUUGUUUUUUACCUUAAUGCCUAAUGGUCGUCUCAAGAGACAUUUUUGACUCAUUACUAAUUGUUUGUAGAAACUACAAACUCAUUAGCAUAUAAUUAUGCAGGUGGAUUUGUAAAAACGACGCAACCCCUAUCAACUGCUUAUUUUAUCAAUUGCACAAGCCCUUCUACAAGCUAUAUCACACUAAAUAAAGAAAACUCGAGUGCUAAAUAACAUUAUAUUGAAUCUAUAUAGAGUGGAGGCCUUAUUUCCAUUGAUCUGUAUUUCCAUGAUACAUGGUCUAAUGAAGCUAUCACUUUUACAUUUGGAACAUUUACAUACACCUAUCCCUACACUUCCCCAACAAAUUAUCCUUUGACAACUGGAUUUUGUGAUUCCAUACUUUAUGACGUCAAAACCAUAAAUCUUACAAUACCAUCCUCAGUUUCUGGUUAUGUAACAUUAUCAUCAUCAAUAACUGGGAAUGGAUAAGUUUCAAUAAGAAAUAUUAUAUUUUCUGAAGGGAAAAUCACUUUUUAUCCAUCAUGUUCAUUAUGUACAGGGCCUGAAUACAAUUAAUGUACAUCAUGCUAUUACGGAUUACCAACCAAUAAUAUUUGCCCUUAAUGCCCUUUAAAUUUAUUUUAUAGAUAAAAUUAGGGUUGCAAAGAAAAUUGUCCAUUUGAUUCUCAAAACUAUGUCAAUGGAUUCUGUUAAAGCUAUAAUUGUAUGUAUGCUUAUAAAUGUUAGAAUAUACUGACGUUAGUUCUAGUUUCUACUCAUCAACUUCUGAUUCAACCCUUUUCCAAUAUUCUUUGAUCUAUGAUCCAUAAAAUAUCGAUACUAGUCCAUCGCUUAUCUAUGCUAAUUAUGAUUAUUUAUUCGGGAUAUUUAAAUUUAACUCAGGAUUUUAUAGAUUCAUUAGUUUAUCAACCUCAAUUUAUAAAAAUUAUUUAGUAGGUCUGAAAAUAGAACUUUGGAUUUUUAAUAAUAUACCCUUAGGAAGGGGAGUAGAAAUUAAAAUUAAUAAUACUUAUUAUGGUUCAAUUUUCUAAACAACUUAAGGAGUUUAAACUCAUAAAAUCAAAAUUGAAAAUACCAAGUCUAUUUCUAGUUGUUAUUCACCAUACACUAUUUGUAAGAGAUAUGAAUUAUACGGAUUUUUUGAUAUACCUCCAUACUCAUUUCUAUUAACAGCAUUAGGGAAUUAUACGUAAUAUGAAUUAUUUAAAACUAUUCUAGAAAUUCAGAGGGCGGAUGGGGAAUCAGCAUGAUUAGAGUUACAAAAGGAUAUUGUUCCUCAUCAUGCUUGAUCUAGGAUGUACCUUUUUUCUGCUUAACUUGCAGAAGUGGAUAUUAUAAAAAUAGAUAAGGUACUUGCGUAUCUACCUGUUCUCAACCUUAUUAGAGUCUUAUUAAUUCAUUAUGUCAAGAUUAUGGUAAUGAAACACCUUGUAAGAAUAUAUUUUAAUUUAGAUUCUAAAUAUUUAAUUAAAGAAUAUAUAAAUUUAGCAAAUGACCCUACAUAAUACUCAAAGUAUGUUUUGUUAUCUCAAAAUGGUAUUAAUUUCUUGAAAGGUUCAAGUAUUUACUAUUCUUAUUGGAAUUCUAUAAGAGUAUUUGGAGGUCAAUAUGUAUGGGCUUAGGCUAAAUUUUCAAGAACAUUUAAUUAAUUAAAUCCUCAUCAUAGUGUUACUCAGUUGAUUCUAUUAUUUAAGUUUAAAAAUCAUUAAGCAAUGGUUAUUUUACUAAUACAGAUAAUACAAAAUAUCAGAGAAUUCAGGAGAGAUUAGGACAUAAUUAAAAUACAAUGACAAUUACAUGGGAAUGCUUUGGACCAAAUAAUGAACCUUUAUCAGCAUAUUGUGCUGUUUAUAACUUUUAUAUUGCCGUUCAUUAUUGUCAGCCAUAUUGUUUAUCUUGUACAGAUUAAUAGACAUGCACAUAAUGGGAUAUUACUUAUAACUCUAAUGUAAUUAAGUUUUCUUAAGUGGAAUGCUUAUCUAAUUAAUAUUAUUUUAAACCUACUCUUAGUUUUUUAGAUUGUCCUUCUUCUUGUUUGAGUUGCACUUCUCAACUUCAUUGUUUAACUUGCUAAACCUCCUAUAUCUAGACAAAAGAAGGGAGUGUUUGUAAAAUAAAUCAGUAUGAAUACUAAAACUAAUGUUAUGAUUGUCCUAUAGAAUGUAAUUAAUGUUUAAGUGCAACUUAUUGUAUAGAAUGUUUAACAAUAAAUAAUAUAAGACUUUUAAAUGGAUAAUGUGUUUGUAUUGAUGGUUAUUAUCCAAUAAUUGAUAAAUUUUGUGAAACUUGUUCUGGUCCAACAAAUAAUGAUUGUAUGACUUGCAAAAAUAUAAGUAUGAUCGAAAAAAUAGGAUCUACUUGCUCAUGUCCAUUGGGUACAAGCUAUUAAGAAUAAACAAAUUCAUGUAAUUCAUGCCAUUUUUCUUGUUAAACAUGCUUUAGAGCAAGUAUUAAUGGUUGUCUUACUUGUAAUUCAUUAUAAUUUCGUGUUUUAAAAGAUUUAGAAUGUGCUUGUCAACCUGGAUAUUAUGAGGUGAACAAUGAUUGUAUAGGUAUUAAAUUUAAUAAUACAUAGCCUGUCCAAUAGAAUUAGAUAGUACUUUAAGUUAAUGUUAUAAAUAAUGCAAUAAUAAUUCAUAAAUUUGGCAUUCUUAAAAUUGCCUUUAAUGCGAUUCUGGGUUUAUAAUAAAAUUUGGUGAAUGUCGUCCUAUUUGUGGUGAUUUAUAAGUUUUAGGAUAUGAAUAAUGUGAAGAUGGAAAUUCUAUAUUUGAUGAUAAAUGUUAUAAUUGUUAAUUUUAAUGCCCACAAAAUUUUUUGACUUGUGAUUCAUAUACAGUUUUACCUUGUCCUGAUAUAUGUGGAGAUGGUAUAAUCACAGGUAAUGAAGAAUGUGAGGAUGGUAAUUCUAUUGAAUAUGAUGGAUGUUAUAAUUUUCGAUAUUAAUGUUAACCUGCAUGCACAAAAUGUAUUAAAGGAUUAUGUUAUGAAUGUGCAACAAAUGGAUGGUAAAUAGAUCCUACGUAGACUCCUUGGGUUUGCAAAGAAAAAUGUGGAGAUGGUAUAAUAGUUGGUUCUGAAUAAUGUGAAGAUGGAAAUAUUAUUGACACAGAUGGAUGCAAAGAUUGUCGAUAUUUUUGUAGAUUAGGUUGUUUAUCUUGUGAUUAAAAUACAAAUACUUGCUUGAGUUGUAACACUGGAUUUAAACCAGUGUCAUUUUAUUGCUAAAAAAUAUGUGGAGAUGGACUGAUUGUGACAGAUCCAACUGGAUUUCAUUCUGAAUAAUGUGAUGACAAGAAUAUACUUAUUUUAAGAUAAUAAAUAAAUAAUUCUAAAUUAAAAUACUAUUUCUACUGAUGGAUGUAAUGGUAUUUGUUAAUAUUAAUGUCAAUCAUCCGUUAUUUGUUUAACUUGCCUUAAUCAAAGAUGUGAGAGUUGUGCCACAGGAUAUAUACUUUCACUAGACAAAGUUUGUAUUCCUAUAUGCGGAGAUUCAAUCAAAGUAUCAUAAGAAAUUUGUGAAGAUGGAUUAAUUCUGCCCUACUAAGGUUGCUAAAAUUGUAAACCUAAAUUUUAACCUUCAUGUUUAUACUGUGGUACAUCAGAUUAGGGAUGCACAAUUUGUAAAACAGGCUAUAAUAGAAUAAAUAAUGUAUGUUAUUCUAUCUGCGGUGAUAAGUUAAUAACAGAGAAUGAAGAAUGCGAUGAUGGUAAUCUAAUUUAUGAUGAUGGGUGCCAUUAAUGUAAAUUUAAUUGCCAAGACUCUUGUUUAAUCUGCGUAAAAGGAGUUUAGAUUGUAUUGAUGGUUAUUAAUUAAUACAAUCAAAGUGCUAUUCGAUUUGUGGAGAUGGAAUUUAAACAUUCAAUGAAUAAUGUGAUUUCUUUGGAGAAGUAGAUUAAAAUGAUGGAUGCAAGAAUUGUCUAUUCUAAAAUGAUGAAAAUUUUUAAGUUUUCAAUUUUGGUCUCUGUUAGCUUUGUAAAGAAGGUUAUGAAAUAUCUUUUAUAAUAACAAUGUGUUAAAUAAUUAGAUUAACCUUAUGGAAUUAUUGAUCAUUGUUAAUUUCCACUUAGCGAUACUUGUGUAAAAUGCGACCUAAAUGCAGACUAUGAUAUUUUUGAAGAAAAAUGCAAAGUUAAUUAGAUAAAAUUAACUUAAUGUGAAUUUUAUAUGAAAAUAUCUCCAAAUCUUUAUUGUAAUAAAUGUUUUCCUUUUUGCAUUCAAUGUUAGAAUGAAGUUUGAGUAAAAUGUUAAAAGGGAUAUUAUCUAAAUUAAAGAAAUUAGUGUGUAUCUCAAUGUGGAGAUGGAAUACUUGCUUUUGAUGAGUAAUCUGAAUUUAAUGAUAAGGAUUGUUUUAGUUGUUGGAUUUUAAAACCUCAAUAUUGUAAAUAUUUUCAUGAAACUUGUUUACUUUGUUAAUAUGGCUAUUAUUUAGAACUUGUGAAAAAUUCCUGUUACUCUAUUUGUGGAGAUAAUAUAGUUGCUUCGAAUGAAGAAUGUGAGGAUGGUAAUGAAUUUAAAUAUGAUGGAUGUUAUAAUUGUAAAUAUCAAUGCCAAUAAGAAUGUUCAGAUUGUCAGUUGGGUAAGUGUGUUGAAUGUGUGGAUACUUUUGUUUUGAAUAAGUCUAUUAGUAAGUGUGAAGAUUUGAAAUUAUGUGGAGAUUAAUUAGGACUAUAUUAUGAUAGUUAUACUAAUGAUUGUAUUCCUAGAUGUGGAGAUGGGAUAUUAGCUGGCAAAGAAGAAUGUGAAGAUAGUAAUAGUGUUCCUUAUGAUGGUUGCUAUGAAUGUAAUUAUCAAUGUGAUAAGAAUUGCACUAAUUGCUAAAAAGGGAUUUGUUUUGAGUGUAUAUUAGGAUUGUAUUUAAAUCAACAAAAAUGUGUGUCUAAAUGUGGAGAUGGAAUCAAGAAUGGAGAAGAGUUAUGUGAUGAUCAAAAUGAUAUACCUAGAGAUGGAUGUACUUAAUGUAAAGUUGAUCCAAAUUAUAAAUGUUAAGAAGAUAAUAAUAAUUUAAGUUUUUGUUAUAAAUGUUAGGAUCAUUGUAUUGAAUGUAUUUACAAAGAUUCAACAAUUACUGAAUGUUUGAAAUGUGAUAGUGGAUAUUUUCUGAAAGAUAAUACAUGUAAUAAAUGUUCAGAUAAAUGUAAAGAAUGUGAGAAUACUCCUAAUAAUUGUAAAUUAUGCACAACUCAAGAUUGCUCAGUAUGUAAUAAUAUAUCUGGUUUAUAUUUAGAUAAAUAAUUAUAAUCAUGUGUUACUAAAUGUGGAGAUAAUAUUAUUGCAGGAAUUGAAUAAUGCGAUGAUGGUAAUAAUAUAGAUAAGGACGGGUGUAAUUCAAAAUGCAAUAUUGAAAAAGAUUUUAUUUGUAAAUAAGGUGUUUGCUAUGAACCACCAAAAAAAACAAUUGAUUUUUCUUAUAAGAAUUCUACUACUACAAGUGAUAUUGAUUUGUUAUUUGAUGAAUUAGAAUUAGAAGGUAUAUGCGAUAAAUUAAAAAUCAAUAUAGAUAAAUUUUAAUAAAAUGAAUUUAAUUAUACAGUUUUCAAAAAAUCAGAGAUUUAAGAAAAUAUGCCUGGAUGUGAGAUCAGGUUUAAUUUUUUUCAAAACUAUUUUAGAAUCUAAUUUCAUUCAUUUGUUCCUUUAAUUAAAGAUUCCAAUAGAAUUAGAAUUCUAGAUGAAGAUGUUAGAGAAAUUGUGAUAAUUCCUAGAAAAAAAGUCUAUUAUAAUUAAUAAUAAUAAGCCUAAGCAAAAAGUAUAGUUUCAGCUUCAAGUACAUAUACAUUUUUACUUCAAUUUAUUGGACCUUUAACUCUACUUUUAGGGGGAUUUAAUUUUUUUUGGACUAUUUUAGAUAUUUUGACAUGGAUCAAUAAUUUCUAUUUCCUAAAUGUAGAUUAUCCCUUAAAUGUCAAGAUGUUUUUUAAUUAAUUAGAAUGGGGUGAUAUAAUAAAUAUACUAUAUGUAGUAUCAUUAAAUUAACCAGAUGAUGCAUAUUAUUUUGAAGCUCUUCCUAAAGAUGUUAAUCCUUUAUUUUUUAAUAAUAUUCAAUUAUUUUUUGCUUUGAUAUUUCUUGUGUUUUUGAUGUAUUUUUUAUCAAGAUCCUAUUUUAAUUUGAUUAAAUAAAAAUAUUAUAACAAAACUAAAAGAAUUCAUUAAAUAGAAAUUUUCUCAAUUAAUUAGAUAUAAUAAUAAUAAUUCCAAACUGAUCCAAAUAUAAGAUCAUAAGAGUAGAUUAUAAAAUAAAUCAUUGAACCUAAUAUAAAACCUCCUCAUAUUUUAACAUUAAUUUAUAAAGAGGCAAUAUGGUUUAAUUCAAAUUUUAGGGCUAAAUUAAUUUAAGUUAUUGGCUUAGUUUUUUUAGAUAUUUGUUUAGCAAGUAUAUUAAAAUUAAAAUAUUCAAAGAAUUCAAAAUUUGUAAUCAUUGUCAUUAACAUUAUUUCAGCAUAUAUAGGAAUACUAUUCAUAGUUUUAGUUUUUAAAUUAUAUAAAUUUGUUUGUUCUCAACAUCCAAUACUCUAUGAAAAUAAAUAAUUUUCAGAAAGUUAUUCCUCAUUAUAUGAAGGAAUAAACACUAACAACCUUUUAGCUAAAAAUUAUUGUAUUGUAAACUUAAUUCGUAAAGCAUUGUUUAUCUUCUUUACAGUUUAUUUUUAUGAAUUACCAUUGCUAUAAACAUCCUUUUGUUGUUUAUCAUGUUUUUCAAAUUUAGCUUUAAUUCUUUAUCAAAACCCUUUUGAAAAUAAAAAGAUAUUAAUCUAAGUUGCAGUUCCUGACUUAUGCAUAUUCAUAAUCAUUUUCUUUACUGUUAUAUUAGCUAUUCAUGAUGUUAGUUAAUUAUUAACUUUUGAAGAAAAGUACAUGAUUGGCUGGAUUAUUCUAUUUUUCAUAGGGUUCUCUAUAUUUGUACAAUUAGUCUUUUUGUUCAAGCAAUUUUACUAGGAUAUGAAAGAAAGAUAUUAAUCCAUAAAAGAAUAUAUUAAGAAAAAAAAAGAACAAAGUCAAGGUUGA